AUGGCAGCAAUUAUCCCCUGCCACUACUGCGCUUCCCUCAGUCCCAAAUGGAUCAAUUCCAACAGCACAAACUCUAGGCGUUUAUCCUACCGACUUCGAGGAUUCCAAGGUUUCAAUGCUCGUUGCUCUUACCAACCACCCCAUCAUUCUGAAUUUCAGAACAACCAUAAUGGGAAGCCAUUUUCCUUCAAGCAGUGUGCGAUAUCUAUAGCAUUGGCGGUUGGGUUAAUAACAGGAGUUCCUACAUUGGGGUGGCCCACCAAUGCUCAAGCAGCUAAUCCUGUGUUAUCUGAUCUAUCUGUUUUGAUAUCUGGACCACCAAUUAAGGACCCUGGAGCGUUGUUGAGAUAUGCUCUUCCUAUUGACAAUAAGGCCAUUAGAGAAGUACAAAAGCCACUUGAAGAUAUCACAGAGAGUCUCAAGAUUGCUGGAGUCAAGGCACUUGACUCUGUGGAAAGAAAUGUGAGGCAGGCAUCUCGAGCUCUCAAGCAAGGGAAGACUCUAAUUGUAUCAGGUUUAGCGGAGUCAAAGAAAGAACAUGGAGUUGAACUGCUUAGUAAGCUGGAAGCUGGUAUAGAUGAGCUUGAAUUGAUAAUACAGGAUAGAAAUCGAGAUGCAGUGGCACCAAAACAGAAAGAGCUUCUUCAAUAUGUUGGAGGUGUUGAAGAAGACAUGGUUGAUGGCUUCCCAUAUGAAGUGCCUGAGGAAUACCAAAAUAUGCCUUUAUUGAAGGGGAGAGCAGCAGUGGAUAUGAAGGUCAAGGUUAAAGACAAUCCAAAUCUGGAAGAAUGUGUUUUCCACAUUGUUCUUGAUGGUUACAAUGCCCCUGUAACAGCUGGAAAUUUCGUUGACUUGGUUCAAAGGCACUUCUAUGAUGGCAUGGAAAUCCAGAGAGCGGAUGGGUUUGUUGUCCAAACUGGUGAUCCUGAAGGGCCUGCUGAGGGUUUCAUUGAUCCAAGUACAGAGAAAACCAGGACAAUACCAUUAGAGCUUAUGGUUGAUGGAGAAAAGGCACCUGUUUAUGGGGCAACUUUAGAGGAGCUUGGUCUAUACAAGGCUCAAACAAAGCUUCCAUUUAAUGCUUUCGGUACAAUGGCAAUGGCAAGAGAGGAAUUUGAGAACAACUCUGCCUCUAGCCAGAUAUUUUGGCUAUUGAAAGAAAGUGAGCUAACUCCUAGUAAUGCCAAUAUAUUGGAUGGUCGAUAUGCAGUCUUUGGCUAUGUAACAGAAAAUGAGGAUUACUUGGCAGACCUCAAAGUUGGUGAUGUCAUAGAAUCUAUUCAAGUAGUUUCUGGACUGGAUAAUUUGGUGAAUCCAAGCUACAAGAUUGCUGGCUAG